UGAGGUAUGGAUGGGACAGCUGGGACCAGAGUGGUGCUGCUGGCCUGUGGCUCCUUCAAUCCAAUCACCAACAUGCACCUGAGGAUGUUUGAACUAGCCCGAGACCAUUUGGAAGACUCUGGUUACCAAGUGGUGAAAGGCAUUAUCUCUCCAGUUGGUGAUGGCUACAAAAAGAAAGGUUUAAUUGAGGCCAGACAUCGUCUGGAGAUGGCCCGACUGGCUUCAGAAAACUCCUGGAUUACAGCGGACUCCUGGGAGUGUUUACAGGCAGAAUGGUUAGAGACAACUAAAGUUGUUAGACAUCACUACAAUGAAUUACUUGCUCAAGAGCAGAACAAUGACGAUGUGGACACUGUCAAAUAUGGAAAAAAGAGACGCAUCGAGGACAACCAUUAUGUGGCUUCAUCAGCUCCUCAAAACAGAGAUAGCACUCGUCUGAUGCUGUUGUGUGGUGCUGACGUCCUCGAAUCUUUUGGUGUUCCCAAUUUGUGGAAGCAGGAGGACAUUGAGGAAAUUGUUGGCCGCUUUGGUUUAGUUUGCAUUACGCGUAGUGGUAAUGAACCUCUUAAAUUCAUCCAUCAGUCGGACACACUGUGGAAGCACCGUAAAAACAUCCAUAUUGUUCAGGAGUGGGUAACAAAUGAGAUCUCGGCCACUCAUGUCCGCCGAGCCAUUCGCCGCGGUUGCAGUGUCAGAUACCUGCUGCCCGACAGCGUGCUCAACUACAUCCGUGAACACAAGCUCUACACUGAAGAGAGCGAGCAGAAAAACAUCGGGGUGGUUCUUGCACCUCUCCAGAGAUACACUGGUGCCUCCUCAAGCUAAACACUACCUUAAAAGAACAGCAACAAACAGUUUAGGUGCUAUACAACAUUUGUCUACUCUUCCAAUUAUAAUGCAUUCAUACAAGACUUGUAAGAGGCGAACGCAAACAACACUGUUAUAUUUAUUGUGAUUUAUGCCAUAAAAGUAGGUAAAUUA